AUCAUUUACUUAUUUCUGAUUCAGUUAAUACUGAAAUAUAUAAUGAAGGUGAAGGUAAAGAACCUGAUAAAGUUGAUAAUGGAAAUUCAAUAGAACAACAAAGUAUAAAUUUGGCUUCUCAUACUCUUCGAAUAGUCAAAGAUUGUCCUACAUGUUGGAAUUUGAAAUAUCGAGCAUGGAAAAGGCUAAUAAAAUUAAAGGAUGCAAUCGCAACCGAAGUAUUCAGUGCUGAAAAAUACCCAACUCUGUCUGUUAUAUAUCCAGUUGUUAAAGUUUUGAAAUCAGAAUUUAAUUCAAAUUUAUCUAAUAUUGAACUGGAUAUUGAUGGAUAUAAACCUGAUAUAAGCUAUUAUAGUAAAAGCGAUGAUAACAGUGAAAGUGAAUAUGAUAAUACCAGUACUCAGUUACCAAGAAUUCCUCCUAUUCAAUCUGUAAUUUUAAAGGUUAAACAAGAAAUAUAUAAUUCUCUUCAGAAAUAUUGGGGAAAUCGAAAUAAUGCAGGUCUUUUAGCAACAUUACUGGAUCCAAGACUUAAGAAAAUGCGCCCCUGGCCUAACUAUAUAAAAGAAAAAACUAUCAGAUUAUGUUGUAAAGAACUUGAUACUAUUGCCAAUGAUAGAUCUUUAUCUAUUGCAACUUCUCCAGCUACCACUUCAUCAACCUAUUGA